AGCGCUAUGAAAUGAAUUUGAAUAUGCCCAGUGCGAGGAAAGGAGAGAAACAACGGCCGAUCACCUGCGCUCUUGCGUUUCUCUCUUCCGACGACGGAAAAAGAAAAUAAAUAAAUAUCGGGAAUAAGCAGUCCACAGCUGAGCUCUUUCUUUAACAAAAAGUGCAAACCGACGUUAAUUUUUUUUAUAACGAUGUCAAAAGGAAAGGAAUUUUCAAAAGACGAAAAAACUUUAAUAUUUCGAGUUAUUGAAUUCGUCGAAAGUGAAAGAAGUGGAAACGAAAUCCCGUUGAACAACUAGGUAUGUUACAAACCCAAACCCAAACCCAAGCGACUUGGGUGUAUUGGGUUUGGGUUUGGGUACCCAAGUCUAAGGCCUGGGUUUGGGUCAGUUGCCAAAGUACAUUAAUAUUCUUCUUCAAUGAAACUUAGCAGUAGUACCUUACGCUCUUCUGCCAUACUAUUCAUUUAUCUUUUUCUCUUCAUCGUCGGUGGUUUCGCUUUCAAAACUUCACUUUUUUUCUUUAGUCUUCCCUAUUCUUUUACAUCAUUUUUUAUAGUGUACACCAAUCAUUUGUUAACAUAUUUGUGGUAUGUUAUCAGUGCUUAUUUUUUUAGUAUUUUUCUCUAUUUCAAGGAUCAGGAUGAUAUGAACAAGAUAAGUAGAAUAAAACAUUCAACUGUUGGAUAUUUGAACUAAUCCAAAAUGAGCUCUUAUCGUUAGCGUUAGGCAUUACAUAUGCCCACAGGCCGAAAUAAACAUCUUACAUUCUGUUUUCUCAAAGAGCCACAACAAAAGAAGGUAUCUCAGUUAAAAGGAGUCUUUUAAUAACCCAAGUCUGACCCAAUACCCAAACCCAAGUCUCAGACUUGGGUUUGGGUUUGUAACAUACCUGUGAACAACACAACUCAAAGGUUAGAAGUCAAUGAGGCACUUCGAUCGCGACUGCGAACAACAUCUGCGCCAGUCGUCCCAAAGUCUGGCAGAAAAGCCAAACGACAGUACUCAGCUUUAGUUCUACUAGAGCAGCUUCCAGCACCUGUCUCACCAAAAAAGAAACGUAAGUUGGAGCUGUUGCUUUUCGCAGUAGGCCGACGCUAAAGCAAUCUCCACGUUUUUUAUGAGUUUAGGACACAGCGGCCGUCAUAAAAUCGUUCUAAGUGAACUUUGUGAAGACACUAUCCGUCUGGAAUUUCAUGAAAUGCUCGAAGAUAAGGAGUACCCGACUGUUGAGAAGUUAUUCAGACGUUUAUCAGAAAAAUACGAGGAAUUUCCUGUAAAAUCAGCGACAAGUCUUUGGCGAGUGAUGAAACGUCUGGGUUUCGCACACAAAAAAACGUCAAAAAUUAAAGUUCCGUUGGAUGCACUCUCUUUCGUCGGCGCAAGAGCCAAAUAUUUCAGAAAAUUAAAACAACUGCGCGACGAUAAUGUUCUGGUUUUCUACCAUGACGAAACCUGGAGUAAUGUGGGAGAGGGAAAAAGAAGCAUUUGGCUUGAUGACAGUGGCAACGGACGAUUUCGUAAGCUAGAUGGCAAAGGUCUGUUUUGUGGGACGUAGAAGUACUCUCCUGCGACACGUCAGUUUUCUUUUUACCAUAGGCGCCAGGUUGGCAGUGAGUGCUCUAAUUAACGAGCAAGGUUUUCAUUUACCGUCGGUUGACGUAUUCAAAUGUGACGACGAACAUAACAUGAAUUCUGCCCAUUUCAAUUCGUGGCUAAGUGAAACGUGUAGCAUGUUACGCACCGAACAUGGUGAGGAAUUUGACAGUAGCAAAUUCGGAUAACUAACAUUUUUUUACCUUUUGAUUCACCUUUUUAUAGGAAAAAACCGUAAGAUUACACUCGUCAUUGAUAACGCCACGUGACAUAAUCAGCAGACCUUAGAGUCAAAAGUUCCGAAACGAGGCUCGAGAAAAUCUAUCCUUCAAGAAUGAUUAAAAGCUCACAAAGUUCCAUACAAUGAAAAUUUGAAGCUGACAAAUGCAGAACUUUUACUUAGAAUAAUCGAAAAUGCACCACCGAAAGAAUUUAGCGUAAGCUCAGAAAAGUCACUUCGCGAUAUUACGGACUUUGCGUUAAGAUAAUUAUCUUUUUUUCUGUAGUCGGACUUAGCCGCAAAAAAUUUCGACGUUGAAAUUGUCAGAAUACCUGUUCGUCACUGUGUCCUGAAUCCAAUCGAACUGGCAUGGGCUCAGUUGAAAAACUAUGUUCGAGAAAACAACACCCGAUUUCAUCUUACAGACGUACACAACUUCAUUCUGGAAUAUAUGUCAGCAGUUGGUCCGGAGCUGUGUGAAUCAUACUACAGACACGUAAAGAAGGCAGAAGAAUCAUUUAAAACGGCUGACAAUUUUAUUGAACAAAUUAUUGAUCCGGAUCUGGAAGAUGAAAGUGACUGUGAGAGCGACGAUGAUGACUGUGACGAUUUGAGUGGUGUUUUUGACUGA